AUGGCUAUUACCUUGAACGGGAAUCCUUCAGCUAAAGGUCAUACACUAUCUCCACCCAACGACCAAGGCGUCGAGAAGCCUGUGCAAAACUCUUUUGGCGAAGCCAAGACAGACGACUCAACUGAAUCCGCUAUUUUCCACCUGGAGGUCGCCUGGGGUACUGAGACAAUCGACGUGUCUUUGAAAGUAGGCGCUGUUGGCAUUGUUUUAAUGAUUGCCUUGGCCCUUCUGGCUCUGGUAUCCUUGACAGCAUGGUUUCUGACACCACCUGCAUGUCCCGCUUGA